AUGAUUAUCAAAAAGACAUUUAAACAGAUGUGUAUCGGACGCAGAUAUAUGCAACUAUGGAAAGACAAAAAAGUUUUAUUGGUAGCAAAGUACACUAGAGUUGAACGUGAAAGACUAGAACACCCUAAUGUAUCAGAAAAACAACUAUUAAACCAAUUAAGUAACCAAGGUGCCAACUUAAAAACAAUUUUGGAAUCACAUAAUGAACACUACAAUAUUGUAAAAGAAGUGACAUCUGCUAUAAAUCGUUUGGAUGUUGAAGCAAAGAUAAUUAAUUUGAAGGAUAUUAAUACUGCAGCAGUAUCUUGGGCUGAUGUUCUAAUUGCUAUUGGCGGAGAUGGAACGUUUCUUGUCAUGUCCAGUUAUGUUCAAAAUAACCAAACACCAGUUAUUGGUAUUAAUUCUAAUCCAAGUUCAUCACUUGGUUAUUUAUGUUUACCAGAAAUCUGCUCUCGAAAUAUACAGAAGACAUUUGAUACGUUAGAAAAACAAAAUUUUUUUUUCAUCGACCGAAGAAGAAUUAGAGUUGCAAUGAAGAAUAUCAAGAAAAAAAUGGAACCACCGAUAAAUAUGUAUCAAGAUUUUGUAAAAGUUAGACCAGAUUCUCAUUCAUCACAUGACAUGUUGGCGCUUAAUGAAGUAUUUAUUGGUGAUAAAAUGCCAGGACGCACUUCUGAAAUGGAGUGUAAAUUUGAUGGUAAUGUGCCUAUAAAAAUAAAAUCAUCUGGACUUUGUAUAAGUACCGGAACUGGAUCAAGUGCAUGGAGUUAUGCAUUGAAUAAAAUUAGUGUUAAUGAAGUUCGAAAGAUUUUAAGUUACAAAUUUUGUCAAAUAUCAGAACAAGAAUGUAUAAAAAUAGCUAAUGAUUAUAAUAAAAAUCUAGUUUAUAGACCAGAUUUGGAAAAUUUACAAUAUACUAUAAGAGAACCAACAGGAAGAUCUCUUUGGCAGUCAAAUGAUGAACUGAUAAAAUCUGAUAAAAUAAAACAAGCCGAAGUAGAGACCCAUUGUGAAGAAGGAUGUAUAAUACUAGAUGGAUUUUUGAUAUAUGUUUUUCCUAAGGGUGCACAAGCUAUUUUAACCUCAAGACCUGAAGAUUCAAUUAAGUCAGUUAUGAUUAAUGUUGACUAAAAGGAUAAUUAAAUUUUAUAAAUUUUGAUCUAAUCUUUAAAUUGUGAUAUUUUUAUACAAUUUUAAUCAUAAA